UUAAGAGUAGAGAGAUACGUAUCCCCUUUGUGAUGCGUCACCGGGUAUAUGGGGCAGUGCUUCGAUACGCCGGUACAACCUGCACUACACUAACCUUGGUUUGACAUCGCCGGAGUGUGCGUGCCAGUGGAAAGGUAAGAUGGCGGCGGAUGGGGAUGUGAUUCCUGAUCAAGAAAAAGUACGAAUAGUUUCGGACUUUAUACUGCACUCACCACCGGGCGAAUUCAACGAGGUUUUUAAUGAUGUGAGAGUCUUGUUGAACAACGACAACCUGUUGAAGGAGGGUGCGUCCGGGGCAUUUGCUCAGUACAACAAGGAUCAGCUCACGCCUGUUAAGAUUGAAGGAAGCGAAUAUCCUGCUCUUAUAACAGAACACAAUGAUUUAGGUGGGCAAAGGUUUUACGAUGCUCGCAGCAAGCAAAGUUUUAAAUAUGACCAUCUUAGAAAGGAAGCACAGGAUUACGAACCAUACGAACCAGAUUCUGUGGCUGAACCAUGGAGAUCAGCUCUUCAAGAUGAAAUAACAACUUAUACUCAAAGUCAUUAUAGACAUGGUGCAUGUUCAGUUUUUGGAAAGAGUCAAGGAGGUAACAUUACCUUAACGGCUUGCAUAGAAGAUCAUCAGUUUCAACCUAAAAAUUUUUGGAAUGGCCGUUGGCGUUCUGUAUGGACUGUUAGUUUUAGUCCAAGUUCUGGAAAUGCGGAACUAAGAGGUAGCCUUAAAGUACAAGUUCAUUACUAUGAAGAUGGAAAUGUACAACUGGUCAGUAGCAAAGAAGUAAAAGAAAGCUUACCAAUUUCAAAUGAGAAACAAACAGCAAAGGAAUUAAUACGACUUGUUGAGGAAUCAGAAAAUGAUUAUCAAACUGCUAUAUCAGAAAAUUAUCAAACAAUGUCUGAUACAACCUUUAAGGCCUUACGAAGGCAAUUACCUGUUAUGCGAACGAAAAUUGACUGGAACAAAAUUGUAUCGUACAGUAUUGGCAAAGAGCUUAAAAGUCAAUAGAAAUAGAUUUUUUAUAUAAUAUUAAGAGAAAUAAUUAAAAAGCGCAUUUUGCUGCAUGGGUGAAGUCUGGAGGUGUGAUGUGCAUGGGAGCAAAUGUAACAAUGCUACAUGAAAUUUGGUUAAACAUGUUUUGACUGAAACUCAUGCAUGCCACUCAAGGUUCCUCUGGACCCCUUAAUGUAUCUUGUUACCAACAAAAAUAAUAAAAAGAAACAUUACUGUA